AGAAUAUGGCGUCUGUGAUUGAUGCAAACGCCUUAGACCAACAGUGUUUUGUUCGCUGCUCAGGGUAGAUGAUGUCUAUCGAAAACCGACCAAGGUAAACGAAGGAAUAGCGGAUUAUGUGCGUAUAAUCUUCGGUCCCACGAUCUCGGAAAUACAGCUAAACUCGAUGUCCGAAGGGGCCCGAGCUCCCUGGUCAAAGCGGGGCUGUGUGGAGUCGCAUCGCCGAGAGCAGGGGAAACACAAGCAGAGAAAAUGUGAACUUCUUCCGGGCGCUCUCAACACCAAGCCCCCGCUCAGCCUGGAGGCACCAAAGAGGUGUCUGAUGGCAGGGGACGUGGAGGUGUACCUGUCCCAGGCGCACGACGGCAGCGUGUCGGCAGGGUUCCGCGCGCUCUACGAGGAACGCCUCCUGCUGGACGUCACGCUGCUGAUCGAGGAGCACCACUUCCAGGCGCACAAGGCCCUGCUGGCCACGCAGAGCGAUUACUUCCGCAUCAUGUUCACGGCCGACAUGCGCGAGCGCGACCAGGACAAGAUCCACAUGAAGGGGCUGACGGCCACGGGCUUCGGCCACGUGCUGCAGUUCAUGUACUACGGCCGGCUGGAGCUGAGCAUGGUCACCGUGCAGGAGAUCCUGCAGGCGGCCAUGUACGUCCAGCUCACCGAGGUGGUGGAGUUCUGCUGCACUUUCCUCCUGGCCAAGAUCUGCCUGGAGAACUGCGCCGAGGUCAUGCGCCUUCUAGAGGACUUCAGCGUGGGCAUCGAGGGCGUGCAGGAGCAGCUGGACGCGUUCCUGCUGGAGAACUUCGUGCCCCUCAUGGCGCGGUCUGAUUUCCUGUCCUACCUGAGCUUUGAGAAGCUGAUGACGUACCUGGACAGCGACCAGCUGAGCCGUUUCCCGGAGAUAGAGCUGUACGAGGCGGUGCAGGCGUGGCUGAGGCACGACCGCAGGCGCUGGAGACACACUGACGCGGUCAUCCAGAACGUGCGCUUCUGCCUCAUGACGCCCUCCAAUGUCUUUGAAAAAGUGAAGACAUCUGAGUUCUACCGAUACUCCCGUCAGCUGCGGCAGGAGGUGGACCAGGCACUCAGCUACUUCCAUGAGGUCAACGAGCAGCCGCUGCUGGCCACCAAAUCCAACCGCAUCCGGUCUGUCCGCCCUCAGACGGCUGUCUUCCGCGGCAUGAUCGGCCACAGCAUGGUCAACAGCAAGAUCCUGUUGCUGCACAAGCCCAAGGUGUGGUGGGAGCUGGAGGGCCCACAGGUGCCCCUCCGCCCCGACUGCCUCGCCAUCGUCAACAACUUUGUGUUCCUGCUGGGCGGCGAAGAGCUGGGGCCCGACGGGGAGUUCCACGCCUCCUCCAAGGUGUACCGCUAUGACCCGCGGCAGAACUCCUGGCUGCGCAUGUCCGACAUGUCGGUGCCGCGCUCCGAGUUCGCUGUGGGAGUCAUCGGCAAGUACAUCUACGCGGUGGCCGGCCGCACGCGCGACGAGACCUUCUACUCCACCGAGCGCUACGACAUCGUGGAGGACAGGUGGGAGUUUGUGGACCCCUACCCGGUCAACAAGUACGGCCACGAGGGCACGGUGCUCAACGGCAAGCUCUACAUCACUGGCGGCAUCACUUCGUCCUCCACCUCCAAGCAGGUGUGUGUGUUCGACCCCGGCAGGGAGGGGCUGGCAGAGCCCCGGACGCGCCGCACGCAGGUCCUCACAAACUGCUGGGAGAACAAGUCCAAGAUGAACUACGCCCGGUGCUUCCACAAGAUGAUCUCGCACAACGGCAAGCUGUACGUGUUCGGGGGCGUGUGCGUGAUCCUGCGCGCCUCCUUCGAGUCGCAGGGCUGCCCGUCCACGGAGGUGUACAACCCCGAGACUGACGAGUGGACCAUCCUGGCGUCCAUGCCUAUCGGCCGCAGUGGGCACGGGGUGGCCGUCCUGGACAAGCAGAUCAUGGUGCUGGGGGGGCUGUGCUAUAAUGGCCACUACAGCGACUCUAUCUUGACCUUUGACCCGGAGGAGAACAAGUGGAAGGAGGACGAGUAUCCCAGGAUGCCUUGCAAACUGGACGGCCUGCAGGUGUGCAGCUUACACUUCCCAGAGUACGUGCUGGAGCACGUCAGGCGCUGCAGCUGAGGCAGGGAGUGCCCCCUGCUGGUUCACCUCAGUUACAUGCAAACUGUUUUCUUAGAAAAAUGACGAAAAACAUUUACUGCUGUUGAA